AUGGAUAUCAAACUUCACUCAAACAGCCAAUACAUGACGGAACAUGUUCUUGUCGGGCUCGUGGGCGUAUUCUUGGACAUUGUUUCUCGAAUUGCGGCCCAUCCUGCAUCAAGUAUACCAACCCGAGAACAAUUGUCAUCGGACUCUUUGCGAGCUUUGGAGAGCCUCGUUGUCGAGGCCACCGUCAUUCAAGACGACCAGCUGGACGGCGAGACGCCUGCUGAAGAGGAAGAGUGGAAUGCGACAGAAAUCCAGAUUCGUUCAGUCGUGGCCGAGCUCUCGAAUAUCCCUGUCUCGAAGAUCAGAAGAAACACUUCGAUUUAUCAGCUCGGCCUGGACAGUAUUAACGCAGUACAACUCGCAGCAAUGAUGCGAGAUCACGGUAUAGAGCUGUCUGCCCUGAACGUCAUCGAGUUUCCGACUUGCGCAAAAAUGUCAAGUUGCAUAGGAACCUCUUCAACCCAAGAAGAGGCAAAAUACGACUUUACCAAGUUUGAGCAAGACGUUGGGGGCUCUCCGUGGCCUGGGUCCGACAAAGUCCUGCCAUGCUCCCCAUUACAGUGCGCCAUGCUCAACGACUUCAUCCAGUCAGAGGGCAGAGACUACCUCAACUACCUGUCUUUUGUUCUCAAGGAAAGCAUAUCACUGGACCAGAUUCGAGAGGCGUGGAAAGCUCUCCUCAAACACCAUGAGGUAUUAAGGACUGGUUUCAUGCCUACGCAGCAUCGGGACGCUUCUUUUGCAAUGGUACAGUACUCGUCUGAACACUACCAAUUGCCUAUCACAAUUCAUAACAACCCUACGGAAUCGUUCCAUGUUGUAAAGUGGAAGCUGGACACUGCCCAUGGUAUUCUACAUUCCUUACAUCAGCCCCCAUGGGCCCUGGCCCUUGACUGUGGGACCUCUAUUAGGAUGCACAUCAUUAUGCAUCACGCGCUCUACGAUGCAUAUUCUCUGCAGUUGAUUCUGAGGGAUCUCUCUUCGUGCAUCUCAGGCAAUGCCAUGUCGGAGUAUCCUUUGAUUGAGCAGGCACUCUCGCCAAUUCUACAGGCUUCUGUCAAACCCGACCAAUCGAAAAGCUUCUGGGAGCAAAAGGCGUCCGAGGUCGUGGUCAAUCGCUUCCCAACUUUGACACCUUUGACGGAAAAGUCUCCUGAGCUUCUGGUAUCAAGAAAAGUAUGUGGCACAAAUUUGACCGACCUUUCCGACAACGCGAAGAAAGUCGGUAUCACGAUUCAAGCAACUUUGGAAGCAGCUUGGACCCGAGUCCUCUCAGCUUAUCUGGGUGAAGAGGAUGUUGUCUUUGGGGUCGUCCUGUCCGGCCGUAUGAGCGAAAACACCAAGAACGCUGUCUUUCCAUGCAUCAACACGGUCCCUGUGAUCGCACAUAACAAAUCGUCAAACCUGGAACUUCUCCAGCAACUACUCGACUACAACAAUCAGCUCCUCAAGCACCAAAAUGCCCCUCUUGCACAAGUUCAACAAUGGCUUGGACACCCGAACACAAGAGUGUUUGAUACACUACUUGUGUACCAGCGGAUGCCAGAAGACACAACUCCAGAUUUUCCAUGGCAAAUUAUGAAAGAUGAGGGUAACUUGGAUUAUCCGGUGUCCAUGGAGGUGGAGCCACUUCCCAGCGGAAAGAUCCAGUUGCGUCUCUCUUUCAGAAACGAUAUCUUGCCCAAGCCUCAGGCAGUGCAUUUGUUGAAUCAGUUUGACGCCGCGCUGCAAUAUCUUGCGCAGAAGCCGAACGAAAGCACCGACAAUCUUUGGAUCAGUCAUCCAUCAAUCUUUUCCAUUACGCCACCGCUCGAGCCUACGAUUCCCUCUGAGGAACAGUUCUUGCACAGCUUCGUCGAGACAAAAGCCCAGACUCACCCCGAUAAGAUCGCUCUGGAGUUCGUCACUGGGUUUGAUGGCGAAACUCCAGUAUCGAGACAGUGGACUUUCCGCGAGCUCAAUGAGCGGGGAAACCAGGUCGCGAAUGUUCUGGCACCUCAUGCAAAAGUUGGACACACUAUUGCCAUCCACUUUGACAAGUGUCCGGAGGCGUGUUUUUCGAUCCUUGGCAUCCUGAAAGCAGGGUGUGCAUUUUUGGCUCUUGACCCAUCCGCUCCAAAAGCAAGGAAGGAAUUCAUCCUCAAAGACUCGGGUGCCUUGGCACUGCUGACCAAUACCAACAUCGACCUCACCGUUGAACAGCCGCUCAUCCACGUGGAUGAUGCCUUGCUCGACGGCGCAUCUCCGACAUAUAUAUCUCCCGGGUCUCUGACUCUGCAGGACAACUCAUAUUGCCUGUACACGUCCGGCACUACGGGAACACCAAAGGGAUGCGAGAUCACCCAUGAGAACGCAGUGCAGGCUAUGAAAGCGUUCCAGAGACUCUUUGCCGGCCACUGGGAUGAGACUUCGCGAUGGAUGCAGUUUGCCUCGUUCCAUUUUGAUGUUUCGCGGGUUCCGCAGAACGGUCGUGCUUCAAACAUUGGUAAACAGUUCGACAACGUGGGUUCGUUUGUUCUGCAGCCAGGAACAGACAUUCCUGUCAUGAAAGGUGCCGUUGGUGAGCUCUGUCUGUCUGGAAAAUUGGUGGGUAAAGGAUAUCUCAACCGGCCUGAGCUGACUCAAGAACGGUUCCCACUCCUCGAGAGGCUGGGCGAGCGUGUUUACCGUACUGGAGAUCUCGUAAGGCUAUUGCAUGAUGGAUGCUUCGACUUUCUUGGCCGUGCCGACGACCAGGUCAAACUGAGAGGACAGCGUCUAGAGAUCGGAGAGAUCAACCACUCGAUCCGCACACGGGUUCCCGAAGUCAGCGACGUCGCCACCUUGGUCACCAAGCAUGGAAGCUUGGACAAAGACCUGCUAGUCACCUUCAUCAGCCGCAAUUCAAAAGCUGCUUCAAAGGAUGAGCUCCAGGUACUUAACGACGAAAACACCGUCUCCCUUGUCAGGUCUGUUCAGAAAGCCUGCAGAGACACGUUGCCGGGGUACAUGGUGCCAUCUUACAUCCUCCACGUUCCUCGUAUCCCUCUUUCUCCCAAUAACAAGGCGGAUAUCAAGCAAUUGAACCAGCUUUUCCGCACUCUUACACCCGAAGUACUGGUUCAACUGUCGCCAUCGUCAAGAGCAGCUUCCGAGCCUACCAGCGAGACUCAGCGACAAAUAUUGUCAACCAUGCAAGAGUUCUUGGGAGAAGACACCAACGUUUCCUUGUCAAGCAACAUUUUCGAUCUGGGAGUCGACUCCAUUUCCGCUCUCAGGCUGUCUAGACUGUUGCGCAAGAAUGGUCUGACGGGCGCGUCCCCGAAGGUGAUAUUGAGAAAUCCGGCCCUGACAGACCUGGCUGAAACACUUCAGCAGAAUGAGUCUUUGAAAGAGGGCAAUGGUGUUCAAGAAGCACGUCAAUUCAUCCAAGCCUUUGGUCACCGCUACCGAUCUCUGGCCGUCCAAGAACUUGGUAUUGCCGAUAAUGGAGACGUCGAGUAUGUCGCUCCAUGCACGCCCCUCCAAGAAGGUAUGCUCUCCCGAUUCAUGUCGGACCAAGACGAAGGAGCCUACUUCACUGCCUUUCGUCUCAAACUUGCACCGGAGGUAUCCAUUGCGAGACUAAAGAGUGCUUGCGGAAAACUGGUCAAGUCACAUGCAAUCCUUCGCACUAGCUUCAUCCAGACACCGGCAGGUUUCGCUCAAGUUGCCAUCAAAUCCACUGGGCUCCGUUGGAGAGACCUGAGGGAACAGGAUUCUGCAGAGGUUGAAUCUGAGCUUUCCAAUGCGCUGCCCGAAAUGAUACACAAGAACAGCAAGAAUGUGUCCAACCCUCUGGAGUUGAUCGUUGCCCAGCUCGGCGACCAGAUCGUCCUUGUUGUUCACAUUUUCCACGCCCUCUAUGACGGCACAAGUUUUGAGGCCAUGCUGCGCUGGGUCUCUGCAGAAUAUCUCCACGAGAGACAUGAGACCGCACCCUCCUUCCUCGAUACACUGGCACAUGGUCCUUUGGCCAACUACGACGCAAGCCGCCAAUUUUGGGUUGAGCACCUGAGGAACUGUUCGUUUGACACAAUUCCCAGACUUCAUUCUGGCAACGCUACGACCGUCAUAACCAAGACAAAGACUUACACAGCAAGGAACCUUGAGACUUUGAGAAGAUCACUUAACGUCACUCUUCAAUCAAUUGUGCUUGCUUUAUGGACGUCAGUUUUCAAGAAGCAUUUCCCGGUGAACGCAGCCACUGGAGUCAUCGUAUCCGGUCGAUCUAUCGACAUAGACCAGAUUGAGAACACCAUCGGACCACUGUUUAACACACUGCUAUUUCACGCGGGAAUCAAAGAGGGAGAUACCUGGUUGUCGCUGAUCCAGAAGUGCCACGAAUUCAACACUGCGGUCUUGCAAUUCCAACAUGUACCACUACGGAAUAUCCAGAAGUGGUGCACGAAGUCUAGAGGCCGCCCAAUCUUUGAGAACCUCUUCGUUUUUCAGAUCGAAUCUCCCCAAUCAAACGAACCAUCCGGAAUGUGGUCCAUCAUGGAUGACUACAGUGUAUCAGACUACCCUCUGGCUUUUGAAGCAUCCGCUACACCUGGUGGCCAGCUCCGUAUCCAAAUCGUCGCGCACAGAGAUUUGGCUGACGAAACGACAAUUAGCUCUUUGUUCGAAGAGAUUGACGAGGCCAUGGUCGAUGUCACAUCGAGUGGUACGCAUUCUUUGCCUGUUACAGAAAACCCAUCCAGAGAAGCUUCAGCGGCGACGUCGCCCCGAACACCUCUUACGUCAAGGCCCGAGUCCGUUGACGGCGACGUGAUGAAAGAUCACCGCCUGGACCUAAACGCGUCAGCCUUUGAUUGGACACCAGCCGCACUGGCCUUAAGAAAGGAGAUCGCGGCCUUGUCGGGGUCGUCCGAGGAUAGCAUCACCGAGAACAUGGCACUUCUUGAGUUGGGUCUCGACAGCAUCGACCUCGUCAAGCUGUCGGCUCGACUCAAGCACAUCGGUUACGAACUCACUCUGUCACAACUUAUGCGAUCACAAAACAUUGCUGCAAUUUCCAAGGUCCUUAAUGAUAAGAAGCCAUCCUCAACAGUCAUUGACGAAAAACACGGCUUUGAAGUACUCAAGUCUCGACUGUGGAGGGCUGUCGAGGCAACAAAUUUUGAUCUCCAAGAUGUGGAGGCUGUCUUGCCGCCAACUCCUCUGCAAGAGUCCAUGAUAGCCGAUAUGCUGCAGUCAAAAUUUGAUCAGUAUUUCAAUCAUGAUGUCUUGGAGUUAAUGGAUGGUCUGGACAUUGAUAAGCUCGAAGAGGCUUGGAAGCAAGUCGUUGAGCGCUCCCCUAUCUUGCGAACAACAUUUAUCCAGAUUGACGACCCCAAGCUGGAACAGACCUUUUCCCAAGUCAUAAUGAGGUCCAGACCCCUUGUAAUUUCCAGGCAAGAAGCGGAAAAUGAGGCCAAGGUUCAAAACAUCAUCAAUAUUCACAGAGAAAACGCCAGAGCCGCUCAAGGGAGCGAUAAUUUGCUUCAGCUUUCAGUCGUAUCAAUCAAUGGCAAGUCGCUGCUCGUACUCUCGAUCGCGCAUGCUCUCUACGAUGGCUGGUCCUUGACUUUGUUGCACCAGGACGUUGCCUCUGCUUAUCAGGGUCAUCUUGUUCAACGCCCCCCGACUGAGCCAUUCCUUCAAAACCUUGUCAAAACGCCAACUGACCAGUCAAGGAAGUUUUGGUCCCAGUAUCUUGCGAAUACUCAGCCAUCCCUUAUAUCUGAGAGGCACUAUCCCAAUCAAUCAUCGAGAGACUCAAUUCACAGAACAGAGGCUGUUUCCAGCAUCAAACACGACCAAGUGACAGCAUUUUGCAAACGCCACGCCGUGAGCCUGCAGGCCCUGGGCCAAGCCUGCUGGGCUUCGACCCUCGCGACUCUACUUCAAACUCUCGAGGUCACAUUCGGCGUUGUCUUGGCCGGUCGUGAUUCGGAACAAGCACAAAAGUUGAUGUUCCCGACCAUGAACACGGUAGCCGUGCGAUGCUUCCUUCACGGUUCAACCACCGGGUUCUUGCACUACCUUCAAGAGACCAUGGGAGACAUUACAGAAUUCCAAAACUACCCUCUGCGAAAAGCUCAAAGUGUCGCGGGAGGACGCUUGUUCAAUACCCUGUUCAUACUUCAGAAGAAUCCUGACUCAGAGCCUGAGAAUACUAUCAUGAAGUCUGUUCAAGGCUCUUCAGCAACCGAGUUUGCGGUAUGCGCUGAGCUGGAAGUAACUUCCAAAAGUCUCAUCUGGCGCAUCGCGGGCCAGGACGCUUUUGUAUCCGAGAAAACGACACAACAGCUGCUCCAUCAACUCGACAGGGCGUUGCAGUACAUUAUUGGGAUGCCAGAUGACAACCUUCUUCAUUUUGAAGGCGACGAUGUCUCCAUCUGCCAAUUGCCGUCGUUCCAAGUCAAAAAACUGAUGUUCUCGGCCUCAAGUUCCGACGCAGCAGCCAUGUCAGACGCAGAGAAUGGCGAAUGGACGAACACCGAAACCAGUAUUCGAAGAGUGCUUUCCCAAGCUGCGGGCGUCGAAGUUGAAUCGAUUAAGAAAAGUCACACCUUGUACAAUUUGGGUCUGGACUCUAUCAGCGCUAUUAAAGUCUCCUCGCUUCUUCGAAAAGAAGGUCUCAACCUCGGAGUUCGCGCUCUUUUGACUUUGGGGUCAAUCAAAGAGAUGGCACGGCAUGCUCAAGUCAGCGCUGGCAACGAUAGAGAUGCGGUACAACCACCGCGGACUCCAAGUACUACCUAUAAGGUCCCAGAUUCCAUCAACAUCAACGCACUCCUAGCCGAUGCCGGUCUUGCAGAAUCCGAGGUAGAAGAGAUAUUGCCGCCGCUACCGAUGCAGAUUUCUUCUAUCGGCUCCAUGGAUCCAUUGAAAAGAGUCAGCUAG